AUGGCGACUGCUUCCGUCACAACCCUCCCACCCAAAUUCCGCCGCGUCUAUGGAGGUCAGGACAAUCGACUGGCUGGAACAAUGCCGUUGUGGGGUUUCAGCGCUAACGGAAGCCAGGUUGUGAUGGAUGUCGGAGACGUCAUAUCCGUUGCGAUAAAGCCGUUCCUAGCUGUGGUCAAUGUGUGA